AAAGCGAUAAAAUGACCCACUGCAGCCGUUAGGGAGACAAAGAUAGUACGGCAAUGGCGUAUUGAAGGGGCGAAGAAUUCACUGUCUUCUUCUCUCUUCACUACGCACCUUAUUAUCUGAAUACCAGGAAAACACUCUGCGAUCAGCCACUGAAGGCUGAGGAAUCAAGUUGAAGAGUCAUGGAAGCCAAUGCCGGAUUGGUUGCCGGGUCUCACACGAGGAAUGAGCUCGUUCGGAUUCGUCACGAUUCCGAUAAUGGGCCCAAACCCGUGGAUUUGAGUGGCCAAAUAUGUAAGAUCUGUGGGGCUGCUGUUGGUCUGACAGCUGAUGGUGAUGUAUUUGUUGCUUGCAAUGAGUGUGCAUACCCAGUUUGUCGGCCUUGUUAUGAAUAUGAAAGAAAAGAGGGAGACCAAUCUUGCCCAAAGUGCAAGACUAGGUAUCAAAGGCUCAAAGGGAGUCCUCGUGUGGAUGGCGAUGAUGAUGAGGAUGGAGAUGAUGAUCUGGAGAAUGAGUUCAAUUAUGGUCAAGGUAAUAGCAAUGCAAGACGCCGGUGGCAAGUAGAAGAUGCUGACCUCUCAUCUUCCUCUAGACAUGAGUCUCAACAGCCGAUUCGCCUCCUCACCAAUGGGCAGCCGGUAUCUGGUGAGAUUCCAUGUGCUACACCUGAUAACCAAUCUGUGAGAACAACUUCAGGUCCUUUGGGUCCUGGGGACAAGCAUCUUCCUUAUGUUGAUCCUCGGCUUCCUGUUCCAGUGAGGAUCGUGGAUCCAUCAAAAGACCUGAACUCGUAUGGGCUAGGGAAUGUUGACUGGAAAGAAAGGGUUGAAGGUUGGAAGCUUAAACAAGAUAAAAAUAUGAUUCAGGUGACCAGCAAAUAUACAGAUGGGAAAGGAGACAUGGAAGGGACUGGUUCAAAUGGAGAAGAACUCCAAAUGACUGAUGAUGCUCGACAACCAUUGAGUCGGGUGGUGCCAAUUUCUUCAUCCCAUAUGACUCCUUAUCGUAUUGUGAUCAUACUUCGGCUUAUUAUUCUGGGUUUCUUUUUACAAUACCGUGCAACUAACCCAGUGAAAGAUGCGUACCCAUUAUGGCUGAUAUCAGUUAUCUGUGAGAUUUGGUUUGCAUUAUCGUGGCUUCUAGAUCAAUUUCCAAAAUGGUGUCCAGUUAACCGUGAGACCUAUCUGGACAGGCUUGCAUUGAGGUAUGAUCGUGAAGGUGAACCAUCACAGUUAGCUCCAAUCGAUGUUUUUGUGAGUACUGUGGAUCCCCUCAAGGAGCCCCCACUUGUUACAGCAAACACUGUUUUGUCUAUACUUGCUGUGGACUAUCCUGUCGACAAAGUCUCUUGUUAUGUAUCAGAUGAUGGUUCGGCAAUGUUGACCUUUGAAUCCCUUUCUGAAACUGCUGAGUUUGCUAGAAAAUGGGUGCCCUUUUGCAAGAAACAUAACAUUGAACCAAGGGCCCCUGAGUUUUAUUUUGCCCAAAAGAUAGACUACUUGAAGGACAAAAUACAACCGUCUUUUGUGAAAGAGCGUCGAGCAAUGAAGAGGGAAUACGAAGAAUAUAAGGUACGGAUCAAUGCCCUUGUAGCAAAAGCACAGAAGAUGCCUGAGGAAGGUUGGACAAUGCAGGAUGGCACUCCCUGGCCUGGAAAUAAUUCUAGGGAUCAUCCUGGAAUGAUUCAGGUUUUCUUAGGACAUAGUGGGGGCCUUGAUACUGAUGGAAAUGAGUUGCCUCGACUUGUUUACGUCUCUCGUGAGAAGCGUCCUGGUUUCCAGCAUCACAAGAAAGCCGGAGCAAUGAAUGCUUUGAUUCGAGUGUCAGCUGUCCUUACCAAUGGUGCUUAUCUCUUGAAUGUCGAUUGUGAUCACUACUUCAAUAACAGUAAGGCUCUUAAAGAAGCAAUGUGUUUCAUGAUGGACCCUGCUUAUGGGAGGAAGACCUGUUAUGUACAAUUUCCUCAGCGUUUUGAUGGCAUUGACAAUCACGAUCGAUAUGCAAAUCGCAAUAUUGUCUUCUUUGAUAUCAACUUGAAAGGGCUGGAUGGCAUCCAAGGUCCAGUUUAUGUGGGAACGGGUUGUUGUUUCAACAGGAAAGCUUUAUAUGGGUAUGAUCCAAUAUUAACCGAGGAAGAUUUAGAACCAAACAUAAUUGUGAAGAGUUGUUGUGGUUCAAGAAAAAAAGCAAAGCAUAGCAACAAGAAGUACGUUGAUAAAAAGAGAGCAGCUAAAAGAACCGAGUCUACUAUUCCGAUUUUCAAUAUGGAAGACAUCGAGGAGGGUGUUGAAGGUUACGAUGAUGAGAGAGCACUUCUUAUGUCCCAGAAGAGCUUAGAGAAGCGUUUCGGACAAUCUCCUGUUUUUAUUGCAGCCACCUUCAUGGAACAAGGAGGUAUCCCACCAUCAACCAACCCUGCAACACUUUUGAAGGAAGCGAUCCAUGUAAUUAGCUGUGGAUACGAAGACAAGACUGAGUGGGGAAAAGAGAUUGGAUGGAUCUAUGGUUCAGUGACUGAAGAUAUUUUAACUGGGUUUAAGAUGCAUGCUCGUGGCUGGAUUUCAAUAUACUGCAUGCCUCCUCGCCCAGCAUUUAAGGGUUCUGCUCCUAUCAAUCUUUCUGAUCGUUUGAACCAAGUGCUUCGAUGGGCCUUGGGAUCCAUUGAAAUUUUGCUUAGCAGACAUUGCCCCAUUUGGUAUGGUUACAAUGGGAAACUCAGACUUUUGGAGCGAUUGGCAUACAUUAACACCAUUGUGUAUCCCCUUACCUCUAUUCCACUGCUUUUUUACUGUGCCCUCCCCGCUUUCUGCCUUCUCACUGGAAAAUUUAUUAUUCCGGAGUUAAGCAACUUGGCUAGCAUGUGGUUCAUACUGCUUUUCGUAUCCAUUUUUGCUACUGGAAUUCUUGAGCUCAGGUGGAGUGGUGUCAGCAUUGAGGACUGGUGGAGAAAUGAACAGUUUUGGGUCAUUGGGGGAACAUCAGCUCAUCUUUUUGCUGUCUUCCAAGGUUUGUUGAAAGUUCUUGCUGGGAUUGAUACAAACUUCACUGUUACUUCCAAGGCAUCUGAUGAUGAUGGAGACUUUGCGGAGCUCUAUGUGUUUAAAUGGACAGCUCUUCUCAUCCCUCCAACUACAGUUCUUAUAAUUAACUUGGUAGGUAUUGUGGCUGGUGUUUCACAUGCCAUAAACAGUGGCUACCAGUCUUGGGGACCACUGUUUGGGAAGCUCUUCUUUGCAAUAUGGGUCAUUGCCCAUUUGUACCCCUUCUUGAAGGGUCUCCUGGGUCGACAAAACCGUACUCCUACAAUUGUCAUUGUUUGGUCCAUUCUUCUUGCUUCCAUCUUCUCCUUGCUUUGGGUGCGUAUAGAUCCAUUCACCUCAGAUGCUGCAAAAGCUGCAUCUCAAUGUGGCGUCAACUGUUAGUACACUGAAGAAGAGUUCAUUUUUGUUUGAUCACAAACCUUGUGUGUGUGUAUAUAUAGCAAGAAACCAAACGGAAAUCUGGUGGAGGUGUGUGCAUAUGAUAAAUUAUACAACUUUACGCACUUUCUAUUUUGAGUGGGUACCUACUGAAAUAGUUUCUUGAACUAUCUCUACUUGGAGUAUUUGUUGCUUGUGCAGUCUUGUGAUGAUUCAUUCAUUGUAAACGGUUAUGUAGGAGCUAUUUAUCUCUACUUUUGCCUUGAAACAAUAAAAUUUGAUGAUGUUUGCUACAUCAGAUUAGCUUGAUAA